AUGCUGCCUAAAGAGCUUGUGUGCGACAGGUGUUGGAGUACCGUAUUCAACACCGAAGAUUUCGAGAAACUUUGCACACUUGAUCGCUCUCAAAUUGACUACGGGUCUACACUGAUCCAAGCAACUGCCACAGUUGGUGAGAUCAAGAAUUCCGUGUGCAAUUGGUGCUCUUAUAUGUGUGAAUUUAUAAGCGACGAUUGGACAACAGAAGAUAAAGUUACCAUUUUGCUUUCACCCACUCGUAUCGCAUCCACUCUACCCCUAGGCGGCAAUAUAUUCUACCUCAGCACUGCAUGUACGUCUUCAACAACCGGUAAAGAUAAGGGCGGCUAUAGUCUCUUUAUUCAUGCUUGCACGGGAGCCGAUGACCCCGCAGCGGCUUAUGUGACUGCCAGACCUUUGAGGACUGAUGUCGAUAGUGAUGAUGCUUGGAAGCAAAUGCGAACAUGGUUGAAGGAGUGCAAGAAGCAUGAGCUCUGCAGCAUUUCACAACAGGAGGUUGUUCUCCCGCCCAGAGUUAUUGAAGUUAGUCCACCAGAACACCAGCGCCCACGCAUUGUUGAGUCUAGUGGCAUGCGUGGAGUUUAUGCCUCAGUUUCUUAUUGCUGGGGUAAACGGCCGUUUCUUGCCCUUACCAAGGCUAAUCAUGGUCAAUUAACGGAAGGGUUGGACAUGGAGAGCCUACCACCCACCAUUCAGGACGCUAUAACAAUUACUCGCGCAUUGUCCAUACCAUUUUUGUGGGUUGAUGCUCUCUGCAUCAUCCAGGAUAAUGAAGAACAGAAGGUUAGAGAGAUUGCCAAUAUGAAGGAGUUGUACUCCUCUUCCGCGUUAACUAUAAUUGCUUCUGCUGCGGAAAAUGUCUAUCAAGGAUUAUUGUAUCCUCGUGUUCAACAGGAGACCCUUCACACGAUACCUGUUCGGGUAGGGCCUGGCAGAUUUGGUACUAUGUCUAUCAACAAGCUGGAUAGCGCAUGCUAUGAUGAGCGACUUGAGUCAAUAGCGAAAAGGGCUUGGACUUUGCAGGAGCAAUUAUUGAGCAACCGUACCCUGGCCUUUACUACACAAACUAUAACGUGGAGGUGUCGUGAAUGGGUACAGAAUUUUGGCAAUUCAUUAUACUUUCCACAUGAUCUCGACAGUGGAUAUAACGAAAAUGAUGAAAAGUAUAGCCUUAACCUGCACUUACUUCUACCUGAGGGGGAAGACGCCAACUCUGCUAAAGACAAAUGUUUGAGUUGCUGGCUCCGGCUCGUCACGGUAUACUCACUGCGAGCCACCAGUCUUGAGCGGGAUAAAUUGAAUGCAAUCGCCGGUGUUGCCUCUCAUCCAUCAUUCUCCGAGGUCCUUGGACCUGGAUACUUCGCUGGACUUUGGCAGCAUAAUCUUGCGAGGCAACUUACAUGGUAUACUUCGGACCGGCAUAGAACGCUUGAAGAAGAUGAGACAUUUACCUUUCGCCGGCCCAUCACAUACCGGGCACCGUCUUGGUCUUGGGCAAGUCUUGAUGGAGGUAUAAUUCAUUUCGAUUUCAAUUUUGACGACGAAGACGAGGCGCCUCCAGAUGUUGUCUGUGAGAUCAUAGAUUGCUCGACAGAGGCAGCAUUUCCCAAAUUAAACCCAUUUGGAGAGAUACUGUCGGCAAAGCUCACACUGAAAAGCCCCAUUAAAAGGGCCUGGUUCAGUCCGGCCACAUCUAAUGUUCUCCUACUCCCUGGUCUUAUCACAUCAAUAAAAACAGCUUUGAUCCCAGACGAAAGUGUGAUGACCUUUGAGCAAGCGUUUGAAAGACAUUUGAAGGAGUACUUUGAUGUGAAUGGAGAGAUUGAUCGGGAUGUUAUUAAAGAAGAUCCAGAGGGGACAUACUUACACGGCACAUGGAUUCGCAACAUGUGCGGUAUGUACGAUGAGACCGUACUUCCUGAGCCUUGCUUAGUAUUAUGCGCGGCUAUCACUAUGAAGAAGGACGCCUAUGAUGGUUAUGGGGUGAGAGGACUGCUUCUUGUCGAUGAGAAGCAGGGCAGUGACAACCAUCAUUUGAAGAGAAUCGGCAGUUUUGAGAGAGGCAGAAACCGUGACUUUGAAAAUGAAUUUAGAAGCGAACUAUGUAUCAUAUGA